UACAGCUCUUGUGAUGCAGAUGGAGCCUACUUCCUUCUGCCAAAAGGAACUAAGAACUUAGCUGCCUAAGUGAUUCAGAGGAUGUUAAAUUAACUCCUUCCUCAAGAAAGCCGCCUGGCAAUGUGGCAGAGCCCCAGCUGCACCUCCUGGGGAACUGGCAUCAUCCUUGUUUUCCUGGGUGGAUUGGGGCUCCUCUUGCUGCUACUCAUCCAGAGAACUCCAUCCUCACCACCUCAUAAGAAAAGGAGGGUCAUCAGGAAGCGCCAACUGCAUACCAGGAAAACAAUCAGAAAUAGGAAGAACAGAACUCUGAAAGCCUGCAGAGACUGCCUGGAAAAACUGAGGGAAGCUCGAGGCCUAGUUUCAAUUCUACAAAGCCAUGUGGAAAAGCUACCAGACAAUGACAUUGCUCACCUUUUACAUCAGGACCUCCUGGGAGAUGAGCAGAAACCAGCACCUGCUGGAAACAAGCAGCCUCACCGGCAGACUGAGGAAGAUGUUUCUCCUGACACCUUGUCCACAUUGGCUUCCCUGGCUCCUCCAUCCCAGCCUCCUCCUCCCCUGGCCCCCCACCUGCCAAAAGAACCUCAGGAAGUCCAGUCUGACAUGAAGAGAAUCCCCGCAGGGCCUGUCCCAGAGAAUUCUCCUCCACGGAACUCCUACUUGGCAUCUCUUGGCACGGCCAUCCCAGGCUUUGACCGCUUAAGCAGCUCUAUUUCACUCUUCUUCUGGUGGUGGCCAACUGCCAAGGCCUUGUUGCUCCUCACCUCACCACAUGGCAGGUGCCAGCAAGAGCAUCUUUCCUACCACCCACCAGAGGCUCCUCUCUGGGGAGAUGCCACACACAGGCAGGUAGAGGCUGGUGGCCCCUCUUUCAUCAGCCCUGCUGUACAGGAGCUGCUAGAAAUGUCCAUCUCCAAGAGAGUAGAACUGAUGCUGAAAGCAGAAGAAAAGACUGGGUCACUCCUGAACCAAAGGCGCCCAAGCUACAUCCUGAGAUCUUUGGGAACUUUGUUGAGGUCCCUGAGUAACAAGCAGGCCGCCACCAUGCCACAACCCUUCUGGAACCUGGGAAACAAACCAAAACAGCUGCCAGAUCCUCAGCAUCUCUCUUAUUCAGAGGUCUUUGGGAAUGACCUAGAACAGAAAUACAGCCAGCUCUUUUGGGGCCUCCCCUCCCUGCACAGUGAGUCACUAGUGGCUGCUGCCUGGGUCUCUGAUAAGAAUUCUUCUGUUUCACGAACUCCCACAGUUAGGUUCAAUGCCAGGACUGGUUCCUCUCCAUCUCAUGCUCAGUCCUCAGACCCUUCAGAGCUUUCCCAAGCCCAGCCUUCACACCCCCAACAUUUAUCCCAAUCCCAACCUUUGAUUCAAAUCUUGCCUUUAGAUGCAGCUAAGGUACAGAUCCCAGCCCCUAUCCCUUGCACUUUCCCAAACCAACCAAGUUUGUCUCUACGCAAAAGUAGGACCUGUAGAACGUCCUGUCCCACAUCUCAGGAUAAGGCUCGCUCUGUCAUCCCAACUCACAACGAAGAAAUGGAUUGGCCUCUGCAGAUGCCUCUUCACAGGAGGUGGGUAUCAGGCUCUUGUCUUCCAAAACAUCAGAAAAUUACCAGCCAAGCCAGUUCCAGCAUUCCUGGGGGGAGUCAGGGCUCUCAGCCCAGCAAAGCUAUGUCUGACAUUCCUGGGGAAUCUAUCAGCCCUGAGCUUCAAGAGCAGUUGGGACAACAGAGUCACACAAGGCUUCCCAAAGACAAUCACCAGGGUAGCUUCCUCUACAGAAUCAAACCUUCUCAGAGACUCUUGACACAUUCUCAUGGAAGAUUCUCACAGAUCUGCCCAUUCCAGGGAAAAGACAAGUACAGCCACUCGCAGGCAUCCAUGUCCUCUGCACUUGCAGGUAAAAGUAACAAGGAUGUGAAUGCAAUGGAUGCCAUGCGCUCCAGAAGACUCAUUAGAAAGGGUACAGGAGGGUUCAAAACACGCAGACAAAGCAAGGAUCUAGGGCAAGAUGAGGAUGACCAAAAGGCUCUGUCCUCGAAUCCAGGAUGCACCUCAGUAAAGGUUCUGGAAGAUGAUAAGGAAGAAGCAGAAUCUGAUUUUUUCAAGCCUAGGAAGCCUGAAGUUAGAAGUUAUAAACCCAGGGUCCCAGAAAAAAGGGAUCUGAAAAAAGAUCUGAAAACCCAUUUGGACAGGAAGUUGGUACAGAUCAAGAAGGGCAGAAUUCCUGUGAGAGUGCGUCGAUCCUGGCUUGCUGCCAACUAUGCCUUUUCCAGUUACAGCACCCCUAUAAUUCCCAGAAAUGCAGUAUACCCAAAAGGGCAGAGCUCUCGUGUGAACACCACCCAGAAGACUUACUUUGUCAAUCCUUUCACUCGAAACAUGCUGGAAACACACAUAAAAAGGUUUCUAGUGAAGCAAGGGAAGAAUCCAUACUCACACAGUCUCAAGCCUAUAAGUCUCAAUGCGGGGGCAGCUCAAGUUUCAAAGUACCCACAGUCCAACCUUCUGUCUGCAACUGCCCAGGAGUUGGGAGCUGAUGUGAGAGUUAAGGCUACCCCUCUCCUGGGAGAGCCUCAAAAAAGUCCAGGAGAGAAGAAGAUGGCAACAAAGUCAAUUUCACCCCUCGACAGGCCCCUCAGUGGCCCCCCAUCUGUGCAUGAGGAAGUCCAGAAGGCCUUGACAGUGAUCCCAUCUGGUGGCACCUCUAGGCUCUCGGUGUCUCCCCAAAACAGACAGGAGGUCAGCUUUCCUACAGAACCCCUAAAGAGCAGUCUUCCAGGCAAAUUUCAGAAGAGCAAGGCUGGUGGAGCUGGCAGAUGCAGCUCAGAGUACAAGGAAAUUCCAACAAUAGCAGUAAAAGAACCUCAUGAGGACUUUGAGCACCUGGUCUUAUCAGACUCUUACAACCUGGAAGUGCAAAUCAGUGGAAUAGCCCCAUCUACAAAGGCUAAAGAGGACAGAGAUGCAUUGCAGGUCCUAGAGAGGGCCUCUACAGUGGACAACACCAUGGGAGCCAAUGUGCUAUUCUCUCAAAUCAUCAGUGUGAAUCUGAGUUUAGAACCUUGUGGAGGCAGUGAGUACCCCCAAGCCUCAGGAAUGUUUGCUGACUACCAAGCAGGUGAACACAGCCUGGAAGAAAAUGUUUUCAAUGAAGUGGAGGUCCAAGUUGAGAUAGAGACAGAGAAGGAUCCUCAGGACCAGGACAUGGAAGUAGUCUAUCAAGACUGCACCCCUGAGAGGCUCCCCAUCACCGAUAGCUUGGCUGCUCAGGCUUCUUUGGCUCCUUCCAAGAGCACGAGCAGUAGUGACGCAUCGUCUUCUCAGGGGUUUCAGGACCAUCUAUUAAAGGCAGGAUGGAGCCAGAGGCCACAGGAGCCCAGGAGCCCAAAAGAGAGGUCCCCAUGGAAGAGUGAGGACAAGAUGGUCAGUCCUUCUGACAAGAGAGAGGCCCCUAGGAGGCUCAGACCAGGAGAGCAGGAAGAAAGAGCCAUAGGACAAAGAGCUACCCAUGUCCGUGGGGUUAGCCACCCUGCCUGGAACAGGGAAACAGGAGACACGGUGGGUAAAAAGUCCUUGCCAUUCUUGCCGAAGAAGGAACAUGAAUCCUCAGAAGGUCACAACAAAACCAGGGCAAGGACCUAUCUACAGCAUCCUAACAACAUCAAAAGAGUCUCAGGCUGGGAAGAUACCCUAUCAAAAGAUAGGCCUGCAUCAGCAACCACCCAGAGCCAGGGAUCACACAUAGGCAGGUUGUUCAAGGAAAAGAGAGAGGCCCAGGCUCAGGCUCUCACAACAGUGGUGGGAAAGAUUGUGGUGGAACAGCUGGGGCUUCAAUAUACUUCUGUUCCCUCAGAGCUCAAGUGGUACAAAGAGGACCCCUGGGUCACACCGGGUAAGUGUUCCUACUACUCCCGAGGGUCCUCCCACCCAGCUCCAAGGAGAGAAUGGAUAUUACAUCGUCAUGUAGUCCCUCAGCACUUUAACCGUCCUAUCAAGAGCAUGUGGACCAAGGAUAGGGGCAGCAAUAGGUUCUUCCCAUCCAGGGAGCCUGUAUCCCUAUCUAGCUCCAGCCAACGCAGGGCAAGGCUGGCAGGUGCCAUGGACUACCCUGGCUCAUGCCCCAGGAAUAGUCUUCGUCAGACAGGUGUCUCUUCUAGUCAGACAUAUCAUGUCCCUCACAUCUUGUCCACUGAGAAAAGUUUUCUCCCUAGAAAACAUCAUUUUUUUACCAAGGAAACCUGUUCAAUCAAAUGUUAGUACACCCUUUAUGUGCUAAUGGC